GGAUGGAGAUACUAAAAAACAAAAUCUGUUCUGCCGGUGAUUAUACUAUCCAAUGAGCGGACCGCGCCAUAAUUUCGGUCUGCUCUUGCUCUCGCGGUUUUUUUGGCAUUCUUUGUUGCCAUCGCGUCGAGGCUUUUAAGUUUGUCCUUCUCGUCAUUUUUAUUCUCAUCUAUGGAUCGAAAUGAUUUCCCUGUCUGCAACUCCCUACGUCGAGAGUUGCAGCGGAGUUGGCUUACGCCGCUGGUCUCGCGCUUUCCUGCUUAUUUUUUGGUUUGUUUCUGUUAUCUGAGCUUCUUCUUUCACUCUGUUCUCGCUUUCGGGAUUCUCGUUGCUCUGAGUGUUAGGACUGAAGGUCGGUGCAUAGUCCUCAUUUUCAAUUUCCUGGUUUGGGUUGUGCUGCUGCCGGGAAAACUCUUGAUUGUCAAAGACUUUUUAUAGUUCCUUAACGGAUCAUUCAAGUUUCGAUAGUGUCUGUCAGCAUACGUGGAAAUGGUGUCAAUGCAAAACUCUAAAUUGUUGAAUCAGGAACCAUUGAAACGGAUUGUAAUCUGGUAAAGUACUGUUUUGAAGCUCGAUCCAAGUUUGAACCAGACCAGUUCAGCAGGUGUGCUCCAUGAUCUAGAGCAUGAACAUUUUUCCAAAGAAGACAACAGAGAAGCCUUUCUGAUUCAUCCAAAUUGCUUUGAAGGAUAGAACCUUGAUUUUAAUUUAUGUCCAAAAAAGAUCAUAUCCUAUUCGUGGAGAAUAUAUACGAAAAGAAAAGGGUAUUGCUCUAAUUUGCUCAAUCUUUGAGGGUGUGUCAGUGCAAAUUGCUGUCGCAAUUUCGAAUUGCCGAAUCAAUCGUGAUAGAUAUUUCUUACACGGUUCUUCCAUGUAUCUUGAAGGGAACAUUCUGCAAUUCCUUUUCAUACAUGCAUUCGAAUUCAUUGUGACUGCUUCUAAGACUUUCUGAUCGUUCUUUUACUGAUUCUAGGAUGCCAACAAAGUUAGUCAUGAAACAAUCAUGUCGGCAAUCUCGCCAAAUCUGUACUGGCCUUUAAGAUCCGAGACUAAUUCCAGUACUAAGCGACAACAGUUCUCAGUCAUUUUCAACGGAUUGUAGAAGCCUGUUAGUCGAUUAGUGAGCUCACUGCAAUGAGAUCUGGUCUGAAGUGUAAUUCUUCCGUAUAACUGCAAGACUCCAUCAAAUCACGUGAGGUUUUCGGAUGCAGGAAGGCAUAACCGAUAAGACUGGAAGGAUGUAGAGGUAAAUAUAUAGCUUGCUUUUCCACGUUUCAACAGACUGGAUGUCGUAAGACUUCCUACCAUUUCACUUCAGAUCGCUUCUGAGGAUAUGUGGACUCUCUGUCGGCACUGUAAUUGUAGACACCAGAAGAAUUAGCAGUGGGCUUCACAUCUGCCACGUCGUCCACCAUCUUCACCUGAAUUUGUUGCAGAUUUAAAGUCAGCCAGGUCACCUUAGAAACAGACGACUCAGAGAUACUCUUCAGUACCCGAGAAAUAUGAGUACUGCAAUUAUGCCUACUCUUGUACUGAAAUCAACAAAGACAUAGAGAAGACUAACAGUUAGAAAUCCCUUGUCACAUGACGGUGAGUCUGGAUAGAGUGAACUCAAAUUUUGCUCUAGAACUAUGAUUAAGUCUUAACAAACAACGUUCAUACUUCUUCGGUAAAGGUUCAUGUGUUAUUCAAGAAUACCAGGUUCGACGUUGGGCAUGCGGAAGACUUCCACUCAUAGUUGUGUCUGCUUAGCUGUUGUCAGACACCCAGCGCAGAACGAUAGCUGAUUGUAAAUUUGUACUACACGCACAGACACGUUGUAAAGCACGGAGUAUGCGAGCCUAACGAAUACCGACUGUCUGCAACUGGGCAGAAUCAUGAAAUGGCCAUGCCUUACACAUAUGCCAUCUCCCACCAACUUCUCAGUGUGCAAGGUCACGACUUUGGCUCUCAUGGACAAAUCUUAAGAGGAAUCUUUGUGCUUGUCAUGAGCCUGGCGCUUAAUUAUAUGUCGUACAUGGCUCAAAGAGAUUUUGACCGAGUUUGAAAUUAGAAAUCAUUAGAAUUGAAUUUUUAUAUUCCAGUGUUCAGAAUAAAUUUCUCUCGUCCUCUAAAUCGUGAGAGGUGCAUCAAGCCAGACAGUCCUUGCAAGGAAAAAAAGUCGGGACUUAGGGGUACAUUUCUUCCUUAAAGAUGCAGAAAGAAGUACAAUUCUACUUUCUCAGCUUAUGUCCUUCGCCGAAAGUGUGAACCCGAACUUCUUUCGUAGGAGAUGGAAAGCUGGUACCAGAACGGCUGUCAAACGCAGAAGUCCUUGAAUCGAGACAGAAAAUUGGAAUGCCGUGUCGAUCUAUAACGUCGGCCAAGGUAUAAUUUGGUGGGAGCACUUUUCAGAAAGUGCCAAAAUGUGUUGUACUAUAGAUUACAAUUCAAGUGAUUUGGAUGCUGGUGCUCCGAUGACAUGAAGAAAUCUUAUCAAGCUGCUGAGAAUAUCUUUACGGUAAUUGAAGAGAAUUAUCAUUCAGACUAUACAUCACAAAACAUAAUGGAUAUUGUCCCUAUGAAAGAUUCUUCUAUGUCAAGUAUAUGGUCACAAAAUUACGGGUGGAUUCAUUUCCACCUUUUCGGGGUUGAUUGAUGAGUGAUGAUUCCCAAAGAAAGAAAAAUGGAAAGGAAUUUCCUGUCCUGUUAGUCCAUAGCUGUCCUCGAUCCCGUGUCGUCUGGAUAGCUACUUGCCAGAUCACUGGAAGGUCAAUGUGGAGCAGAGGUUGAAUUAAGUGUGAAGCAGCCCAUGUUUCAUGGCGGUUCUCUUUGUCUAGUACGGUCAAUUAUUAGGUGAGCACCUGCUUUCGAGUUGCCCGCUGCUGGAUGGAAAUGAUGAGCUUAGUUAAAAUCAUGACUUCGGACCUUGUUUUGAGGAGACGUUUAAUCACCUGCCGUGAGAUGGAAACAACUACGAAAGUCUAUUUAAGGACUUAAGUUUACCUCCGAAAUCGGCUGAGAAUCGAGAAACUGUCCGUUCCAUGUCCAUUUCUCCAGGGUGCUCUUGUCAGCAAUGAUGGGACCUACUAAGGACAGAGAUACCUUAAUUUCCCACGUUGGAAUUUCUAUGUUCUUCUUGGUGACUUUAAUGUCGUGGGUGCUCGUGAUUGACGCAUUGGGAGUAUUGCAGGAUAGAGAAUAUGUAAUAGAUGAUCAUCAAAGGCAGCCCCAAAUCUCUGGGAUCCAUGAACUGCAAGCGCAAGUGUCUUUCCAGGAUAGGUUCAAAGAUGGGCUGUGCAAGUUGCUCGUGGAACCUCACGGUUAUCCAUGUGAAGAAUACACAGUCCAGACCAAUGACGGCUUCAAGCUCACAAUCCAGCACAUACCGCACGGCUUGGCUGGAUCUAUUGGUUCCAAAGAAACACCUGUCUUUCUCCAGCAUGGCAUUAUGGCGGGUGGUGAGGGCUGGCUUCUAAAUGGGCCCAACGAGUCCUUCGCAUUCAUCCUGGCAGAUUUAGGCUUUGACGUGUGGAUUGGAAACUCUCGCGGCGUUGAGUGGAGCCAUGGACACGAAUCCCUCAAUUCCAGCGAUCCGGCUUUUUGGGAUUGGACAUUCGAUGAGUUGGCAGCAUAUGAUCUACCAGCAAUGAUGGAGUUUGUGUACAACAAAACUUCUCAAAAAAUAAUGUACGUUGGACACUCCAUGGGUACGACAAUAUUGCUGGCUGCUUUGAUCGAACAAGCGGCACAUCUGGUUGAUAUUGUGAGGGGCGCUGUUUUCGUUUGCCCUGUCGCUCUUUUGACCCAUGUAACAUCAACUUUCGAUCAGGUUGCAGCUCAUUUGUUUCUUGACCAAGUGUACAAUUUAUUCCAUAUAUCUGAGUUCGACCUGCACAGCGAUGUCGUCAACUUUCUGAUUGACACAAUAUGCGCUGUACCAAACCUUGACUGCACGCAGUUGCUCCCCAACGUUGCUGGAGAAGGCUGCUGCGUUGAUAAGGAUAAAGUGCCCCUAUACCUCCAGUAUUAUCCUCAGCCAAGUUCGACAAAAAUCAUUGCUCAUUAUGCACAGAUUCUGCGAAAGGGUCCCUUCCGUAAAUACGAUUUCGGACGUAUCCAGAACGUGGCCCAUUAUAAUCAGUCGAUACCUCCAGAAUACGCCUUUUCAAAAUUCCCGAGUGCGGUUCCUCUACUCAUGGUGUCCGGUACACAAGAUGCUAUUGCCAAUACGGUUGAUGUUGCAAUCGUAACCCAAAGUCUUCAGCAGAGCGUCCAGGGCUCUGUUAUUUUGCCGCAGUAUUCUCACGUAGACUUCAUCCUCAGUCGGACAGCAAAUGUGGAUUUUUGGCUGAACGUGACCACGUGGUUCGAAUCCCUGAUCAGUUUGUAGCCAGACUGGCCUAGAAUGAUAAACCAGAAGCUUUAUCAUUUGUCUAUAAUCUCUAAGCAGCCCUGCCCCGACUGUGGGAUCUGCGAGGUAGAUGAUUACGCAGUCCAGGAUGAUGAUCUUUCAAGCAUGUGGAAAAUGAAAAAUCCACCAACACUGUAAUAUAUUUUAUGGAUAUUCAUUACGUAAGCGGCCACGACACGUUCAUGGAAAAGAUGCACUGUCCGUGAAGUACUAGACCAAAGAGAGUUCACGUGUGAAUGGACUUCUCGAUAUCUGUGACAGCCUUCAAUUUCCAGGUAACGCGUGUCAGCAGUCAUUGUCUCAUGCUACCCAUAAAUCAGCUGCACAAAUUUACAGCACACGAAAGUUUCUACCGAACUGGAAAGCGUUCACACUACGUUCCAGUCGUCAACAACAACGGUGCUACUGGCAAAGCAGACCACACCGACAAGAGUUGAUUGAGUAUGAUUCUUUCGAGGACUGUGCCUGUGGACGUUUCAAGGUCAAUAACAAACAGGAGAACAUUACCAGGCACAGUCUAUGUCUCAGAGACAUAACUGAAAACAAGAAAGGACAAAAUCUACCAACUGAAUAAUCAAACAAGCAGGACAUAACUUUUGGUUCAUGUAGGUACACAUCUGGACGAAGUGAACAAUAUGAUGGCAUAAUCUGAAGUACUCCAAGUUGACGCGGUAACCGUUGGCAGAUGAGUCUGCCAUCUCAGGCCAAGAGAGAAUCUGCAUGGAAGUUUCGACAACCUAGAUUCAGACUCCAUGAAGCCAG